AAAACAUAUAAACAAACAAGAACCUUGAAAACUCUGCAACAGCCAUAAUCUGGAUCAAAUAGAAUACAGAAGUUCAUAGGAAAAGGUCGUCAAAAAUGGCUUACGUUCAACAAACUCAAAGCAAAGAAGCACCUGAAAUCAUGGUACAACCACUUCAUCAAGGGAGCAAAAGUCUUCGUAAACAAAUAUUGGAGCCUCGAUUUAGUCGGGAAAAGAGCAAGGCAGUAACCAGUCCUACGGAUAACCUAAUGAGCCCCUGCACGGCAAAACUGCAAGCUCAUAAGAAAAAGUACUAUACAAAAGGCAAGCCUGUUGUGACAUCUUUGAAGCAGACACUAUUAGAAGCCAGAGAUGACAAUUAGCUUUCUAUGUCUCCAUGCUCUUUUAAGGCAACUUAGAGAUUUAGACGGGUUUUUAAAAGAUCGUGUUGUUUGUUUUAUGACUUAUGAUAUUUAUUUAAGACUUCUUUUUGGCAAAUCCUCACUUUUCGUCCACUCUCUGUUUAGUACCAUUCAUCUGUACUUCGCACUUAUUGCUUCUCUUUUCGGCCUUUUCUUCGGCAACUCGUACUUUUAUUUAUUCUAACUAUUUUAAAUGCACUUGCAAUGUAUAGUAUUAGACCUCCUUCA